UUUUGAAAUAUGGAAGUCUGGUUGUCACCGAAUAAUACCCUCGUCUUUAUAGCGUUAGUCGAUUGAAAGACUUGGAGCGGCAGCGAGCAGUUUCCCCCAUCUUCUCAGGCAGUGGUCUCUGACGUCAUCAGAGCCCCGCCCCUUCGCGCUCCUCCGCUGUUAGGUCCACCUGACUCUUUGAACAGCGAUGAGUCACUAAGCAAGCUGAAUAUCUCGCGGAUUAUUCCUCGGCCAUACAUACGCAUCCUCAGGGUUUCAAGGACCCUGACAGGCCGGCAGCAGGAGGCAUGAUGGGAGUCGCUGUGGUCUGUGUGGUGGUUCUGGCAUUCAUCUGUCACAGCCACAGCCUGAAAUUACAAAACACUCUCUACAGGUCUAGAAGGUCUCAGGAAAAAGUCUUGGCCGAUCCCAGCGGUUGUGUGUCCAGGACCAAGCCAAAGGUCUUUACAAACUCUGACAACUUCUCUCUGGAUAUUCAGAUGCCAAGUGUUGUCCCAACUGCGUCGGAUACUUACCUGUGCACAGCAAUUGCUCUGCCAACUACUCAAAAUGCAUAUAUUGUGGACUUUAUACCUCAUGCCAGUAUGGACACAGUUCAUCACAUGCUUCUGUUUGGCUGCCAGACUCCUGUGUCCUCCAGCGGCUACUGGGACUGUGGGAGUGUACAAGGCACAUGUGAAGAUGAAGCAUCCAUUAUGUACGCCUGGGCUCGGAAUGCACCACCCACUAGAUUACCCAAAGAUGUUGGUUUUAAAGUCGGGAGAAAUUCUGGAAUGUCACACCUGGUGCUGCAGAUCCAUUAUGGAGAUGUCAGUGCUUUCAAAGACCAUCAUGAAGACUGCUCAGGAGUUACCUUAAGAAUGACAUCCAAACUGCAGCCCUUCAUUGCUGGCAUAUACCUGCUCAUGUCUGUGGACACAGUCAUCCUUCCAGGAAAAAGAGUUACAAAUGCAGACAUCGCUUGUGAUUACACAUCAUAUCCCAUCUACCCGUUUGCCUUCAGGACUCACACACACCGCCUCGGUCAAGUGGUCAGUGGCUACAGGAUCCGAGACGGAAGGUGGAGCCUGAUUGGGAGACAGUCCCCUCAGCGACCACAGGCUUUCUAUCCUGCCAACAAGGAGGUGAAUGUGAAGUAUGGUGACACAAUUGCAGCCCGAUGUGUGUUUACAGGGGAGGGCAGGACCUCCAAAACAUAUAUUGGUGGUACCUCUGAUGAUGAAAUGUGCAACUUCUAUAUAAUGUACUACAUGGAGAGCAAACAUGCCAUCCCCUACAUGAACUGCAUGGAUUCGGGCUCCAAGGAUCUGUUCCAGCACAUUCCAGCUGAGGCCAAUGUUCCCAUCGCUGUCAGUUCAGGUCAAAUGAACUCUAUGAUGCAUAUGGGACACUCAACAGACCACAAAGACAACAAAUUGGCCGUGGAUAAAGACAAAGCAGAGCAGAAUCUGGAUCAGGGUGACCUCUAUUCUCUUAUGUCCAAGUUGCUAGGCCAGAACAACGAUGUAGCUUACAUUCAGAAGUACAAUCCAAGCAAAACGCAUAGCGUUCAGGCCGAGUUAAUGGCUCUGAUUGAUAGCUUGAUGCAAAAGCAAGAUCUGGGCUUUCCCAGUGCGACGGUAGCCUUCCACACGAGGGAGGAUCAGGUUUUAGUGAGGGACAGAGUCCACAAGUUCCAUCAGCUUGAGGCCACAGCAAAGCCACCAAGAAGCAAGCUGCUAGCUGAAGACUACCAUUUGGAGCAAAUCUCAACCUGGCCUCAGAGUUCUCUCCAGCUGGGUCAGGUGUCAGGACUUGCCCUGGACUCAGAUGCUAACUUGGUCAUUUUCCACAGAGGGGACCACCGCUGGGGGGCAAGUUCUUUUAACAGCCAGGCGAGAUACCAGCAGAGGUCCCAAGGUCCCAUUCAGCAGUCCACUAUUUUGGUUGUGGACCCGGCCAAAGGCAACAUCCUGAAGGCGUCUGGCAGAGAUAUGUUUUUUUUGCCGCAUGGAAUAACAACAGACAAGAAGAAUAAUUACUGGGUCACCGAUGUGGCUCUUCAUCAGGUGUUAAAAGUGAGCAGUGAUGGCAGAGACACAGUGCUGCUGGCACUUGGAGAGGCUUUCACGCCAGGAAGUGACAACAACCACUUUUGCCAGCCCACUGAUGUGGCGGUAGACACUGAGACUGGCGACAUCUUUGUGUCUGAUGGCUACUGCAAUGCCAGGAUAAUGAAGUUCUCCGCUGAGGGGAAGUACAUAUUUCAGUGGGGUGCAGGCUCGUCAGAAAGGAAGAGGCGCAUUCCAUUCCGAAUCCCCCACAGCCUGGUGUUCCUUCCCGACAGACAGGAAGUGUGUGUGGCUGACAGGGAGAACGGGCGGAUCCAGUGCUUCAUAGCCCAAACUGGAGAGUUCGUCAAGGAAAUCAGGAAAGAGGAGUUUGGAGGGGAGGUGUUUGCCAUCACCUACAGCCCUGCUGGAGAUGGCUUAAUUUUCGCAGUAAACGGGGACUCUCCAUAUCACUCAAAUCCACUCCGAGGUUUUGUAAUAGAUUAUUCAACCAUGGAUAUUUUGGACACCUUCAAUCCGGAGAAAAAGGAAUUUAAAAUGCCUCACGACAUAGUUGAAACCAGGGGUGGAAGCGUCUUUGUUGGGGAUGCCGGCAGUGGAUCAGUCUUUAAAUUCACCAAUGCGAAGUCACAUCGCUCUGUCAAGAAAGCUGGAAUCGAGGUUGAGGAACUUGAUGAAAUGGAGACAUUUGUACAAACCAAGGUGAGGCCGGAGCACAACGUGUCAAAGACAGCAGCCAUCCAGGAGAAGCAAACCGUGUCCCUACAGCCUGAACCUGAGGAAGAGGGAGAAGAGGAGAAGAAGAAGAGUGCAGCCAAGCCGGGCAGAGGGCAGGGUGUUCUCCCAGCUAUCAUCACCACCCUGCUGCUCAUCCCGCUGUUGGUGGUCAUCUCUGUCGGAGUCUUCAUCUGCUGUAGAAAAAACAAUGCGUGUGAGAUGAAAACUGAACCCAGUUCUGUGAGAGGGAUCUUGGGAAAAAUAAGAGGUAAAGCUGUGGGCGGGCUGAACCUGGGGAACUUCUUGGCGUCCCGUAAGGGCUACAGCCGCCAGGGCUUCGACCAGCUGAGCACCGAAGGCAGCGACCAGGAGAGGAACGAGGGGGACAGCAGUGAUUCGGAGAACGAGGAGUACUCCGCUCUGCCACCUCCUCCGCCCUCGUCCUAGGUGCCAAUCCUCUGCUUACAUCGCCAAGAUGUACGUUAUUCAUGUGUAUAACUGUUGUGUUAGCUGCCAAUCUCAUUGUUUAUAUAAUCCAAAAAUGGUUGUAUAUAAAAGCUUAAUUUGGGAAAUCAAAGUAACCUUCAUGAGAUUAACCUGCUGACUUGAUUCAGCCUUGUUGAUAAAAUUCUGACAUAAAACUAUGACAGAUGGUUUUCCCCAAGUCCAACUGGCCUCUGAUGUAAUUAUGAGCACAGAGUCCUGGACAAAUGUUUGAAAUGUGUGGUGUCAGAUUUCGCCUUAAGACAAGAAAAACACCAUUCAAGGGUUUUUCUUGAAAUGAGCAUCAGGGAUUUGAAAAAUAUCAAAGAAAUUCUCCAAAUAAGUUAUUUUUUAUUUGAAACCGAUGAAAACUGAUCAGCUGGAUUUUUUAAUGUUGAUUUAUAUCAACGUUCCAAAAUAAUCAUUAGACACAGAAGUUCAAUAUCCGAAAUGUAAAGUUUGAUUAUUAUUAAUUUGUAGUCAAAGAAACCUGUUUCACAACCUGAAGGGUUGUGUUGUCAUGGCAACACUGUGAGCAUCACACUGUUUCUCCUGGCGAAAAGAUUCACUUCGGCCUGCCUGGUGCGCAUUUAAUGAAAAUCCCUUUUAAUCACUUACUGUCAAGAUCUACUAUUGGAUUUUAACAUCAAUAUUCCAUUUCCAAAUUUGCCUCAAGAAAAACCUAAAGUCUCCUGUUGGGUUUAUUUUGCUCUUCAAGGUUUUAAUUUGAGUCAGAGCCAAACAUGAAAAUACAGUUUUUUCAUUUCAUCUCAAUAUCUGAGUAUGAAUUAAGUCGAGCAGGAUUAAUUAUGGAUGCAUUUUGAUCUUAAAUAUAAGUAGUUUAAUAACCACGCUGAUAUAGCAUAUUGUUUAGGCUGUUUAGUUUACCAUACAUCUAUUAAAUGUAGAAGAGCAACACACAACAUUUAGUUCAGUAACAUUUCACUUGUAUUUUGUGCCUUUUCUCAUCUGUAUUUUGCCUUUCUUAAGCAUUUGCCAUUACAAAAUGUACCUGGGAUGAGAACAACUGCGGCUGCUAAAGCUACUACUGAAUUGCUUUCUCUUCCAUUCAAGGGAACAGAAAAUGGAUAUUAUUAUAUGUAUAUUUAUGUCUGUAUAUUUGUGUGUGCACAAUGCCAAUCAAGCAGCCAAGUCUCAAGCACUGUAACUAUUACAUCAAUCUUACAAACUUCCAACAUUAUGAAGAAACUUUGCUCACAAUUGAAUACUGAGAAACAUGUUUCACUCAAAUCUACACCAUAAGUCAUGAAAGUAAAUCUGAAUUAAGGACAUGGGGAGCACUUAUAAGAAUGCAACAGUUAAUGUUAGUUGAUAAAAGCUAAUCAACACACACAGACACAGAGUCAACCCACAAAUGGUUGCGUAUGAAGUUUGUUGCUUCCAAAUAUUUGGUUUAAUUCUGUAUUCUCGGGUUCCUUUUAAUGUCCUCAAUAUUUCAUCAGAUAUUCUUAAAUUCUGUUUACGUUUUCUCAGACCAUUAAAUAUUUGUGUUUCUAUCAAUAAUUAUUCUAUGUACCGAAUCUGUAUUUGUCAUACACUUUGUAUGAAAGAUUUCCUUAAUGGCAUGCGCGAGAAAUAGCAUUCCCAAUGUUGCAGUCACGUGUGGGCUAUCUGAUAUUUAUUUUGACACACUGGUUUUACUGCAAGAGUACUAUUUUUUAGUAACUAUGUUAUUUGUGUAAUAAAGUAUCUGCAAAGCA